AUGACUGUUGAAAAUAAAGAAAAUUCUUCUCUUCAAACUAUUAAAGUUUCUAAAGAAAAGUAUGAAUUGAAUCCAUGGCCGGAGUAUAUUGAAGAACGUAAUGCUAUGUUUGAUCGAUUAUUAGCUGAAUAUAAAGCUGAGAUAGCUGCAAAACCAUCUGAAAAAAUAACAAUUACAUUACCUGAUGGAAAAACUUUUGAAGGAGAAUCUUGGAGAACAACACCAUUAAAUAUUGCUGAAAAGAUAGCUAAAAGUUUGGCUGAAAAUGCAGUAAUUGCUAAAGUUAAUGAUGAAUUAUGGGAUCUUGAUCGUCCAUUUGAAGGGGAUGCAAAACUUAAAAUUUUGAAAUUUGAUGAAGAUGAAGGAAAAGCCGUAUUUUGGCAUAGUUCAGCUCAUAUCUUAGGAGAAUGUAUGGAGAGAUACUGUGGAGGGCAUCUUUGUUAUGGACCACCAAUUCAAGAAGGCUUUUAUUAUGACAUGUAUCAAGAAAACGGAACUGUUUCAAAAGAUGACUUUCCUAAGUUAGAAGGUAUUGCUAAAUGUGUUGUUAAAGAUAAACAACCAUUUGAAAGAUUAGAAAUGAAAAAAGAAGAUUUAUUAGAAAUGUUUAAAUACAAUAAAUUUAAAGUUCGUAUUUUGAAAGAAAAAGUUGACACUCCAACAACAACUGUCUAUCGUUGUGGAAGUUUAAUUGAUCUUUGUCGUGGACCUCAUGUAAGAAAUACUGGAAAAAUAAAAGCUCUUCAUAUUACCAAAGCAUCAGCUUCUUAUUGGGAGGGUAAUGCUAAUGCUGAGUCACUUCAAAGAGUUUAUGGAAUCUCAUUUCCUGAUACAAAACAAUUAAAAGAAUGGAAAAUACUUCAAGAAGAAGCUGCCAAAAGAGAUCAUAGAAAGAUUGGUACAGAUCAAGAGUUAUUCUUUUUCCAUCCUCUUUCACCAGGAUCAUGCUUUUGGUAUCCAAAAGGAACCUUUAUCUAUAAUGCACUCACUAAUUUUAUUAAAAAAGAAUAUAGAAAAAGAGGAUUUACUGAAGUAAUUACACCAAAUAUCUAUAAUUCAAAAUUGUGGGAACAAUCUGGACAUUGGCAACAUUACUCUGAUGACAUGUUCCAAAUAGAUAUUGAAAAAGAAAAAUUUGCUUUAAAACCAAUGAACUGUCCUGGGCAUUGCCUCAUGUUUGAUCAAAAACCAAGAACUCAUAAUGAAUUACCCUAUAGAUUUGCUGAUUUUGGUGUUUUACAUAGAAAUGAAGCUUCUGGUGCUUUAACAGGUCUUACUAGAGUAAGACGAUUCCAACAAGAUGAUGCUCAUAUUUUCUGUAGACCAGAUCAAAUAAGAUCAGAAAUUGCUGGUUGUUUAUCAUUCCUGAAGUAUGUCUAUGAAGAAAUUUUUGGAUUUACUUUUACUUUAAAUCUUUCUACAAGGCCAGAAACUGGAUAUCUUGGAGAUUUAGAAACUUGGAAUAAGGCUGAAAAUGAAUUAAAGGAAGCUCUUGAUGCUAGUGGUGAAAAAUGGAAAUUAAAUCCUGGUGAUGGAGCCUUCUAUGGACCAAAAAUUGAUAUUACAAUUCAAGAUGCUUUAAGAAGAAAUCAUCAAUGUGCUACAAUUCAACUAGAUUUUCAACUUCCUGAAAGAUUUGAUUUGACAUAUCUUAAUGAAAAAGGAGAAAAACAUCGCCCUGUUAUGAUUCAUCGUGCAAUUUUGGGAUCUGUUGAAAGAAUGACAGCUAUCCUCACAGAAUCAUUUGGAGGAAAAUGGCCAUUCUGGCUUUCACCAAGACAAGUUAAAGUAAUUACUGUACAUGAAUCUAUUAAAGACUAUGCAACAGAUGUUACUAAAAAACUUUUUGAUGCUGGCUUUGAGGUAGAUUACGAUCCAGAGAGUAGUGAUACAAUGAAUAAACAAAUAAGAAAUGCACAAAUUAAUCAAUUUAAUUUUAUUCUUGUUCUCGGACCUAAAGAAAUGGAAAAUGGAACAGCCAAUGUUCGCACACGUGAUAAUCAAGUUCGUGGGGAAAUCAAAGUUGAUGAAUUAAUAAAUAUUUUCAAUAGAUUAAAGAAUAAUUAUGUAAGAGAUGCUGAAAAUGCUGAAGAAUUUAAAUGUUAA